AUGGACGAUACUAAGCAAACACCCCCAAAGUACCCUCAGGUUGCUGGGGCGCUCGAAAUCGACCCUUGGCUCACUCCUUACGCCUCCGUCCUUGCUGAUAGAAGAGCGUCUGCUCAGAACUGGCUUGACACUUUCCAAGAAAAUGAGGGCGGUAUCCUCAAGUUCGCUGAUUCCUACAAAACAUACGGACUUCAAGCUCACCCUGAUAAGUCGAUUACUUACAAAGAAUGGGCUCCAAAUGCCAAAUCCGCUUCGUUAGUUGGUGAGUUUAAUAAGUGGGAUCCAGAUUCCCAUGUCAUGACAAAAGAUCCGUACGGUAAUUUCCUAAUCACCAUUCUUCCCAAUUCUUCCAACGAAUAUGCCAUUCCCCACGACUCCCUCGUCAAGAUUCGUUUGAACCUUCCAAAUGGUCUGACAGUGUACCGCUUACCUGCGUGGAUCACCAGAGCAACCCAAGCUCCAGCGACAGAAACCAUUGACUGCAACGUUUACCAAGCUCGUUUCUGGAACCCUCCUCAACCGUAUCAAUUCAAGCACAAGAGACCUCAAGCUCAUAAAGAUCUCCGUAUUUAUGAAUGUCACGUUGGUAUUUCUACCCCAGAUCCAAAAAUUGGAUCUUACCAAGAAUUUACAAAGAACGUUUUGCCAUUGAUUCGUGACUUGGGAUAUAAUGCUAUUCAAUUGAUGGCUAUCAUGGAGCAUGCCUACUAUGCUUCUUUCGGCUACCAAAUCACCAACUUUUUUGCCGUAAGUUCCCGUUAUGGUACACCAGAAGACCUUAAGGAGUUGAUUGAUGUUGCCCACUCAUAUGGGAUUGUUGUCUUUCUUGAUGUUGUUCAUUCGCAUGCCUCCAAAAAUACUGCUGAUGGCCUCAAUGCUUUUGAUGGUUCUGAAUAUCAAUAUUUCCAUGGGGAUGGCAAAGGUAACCACUCCCUUUGGGACUCAAAACUUUUCAACUAUGGUAAAUAUGAAGUGCUUAGAUUCUUGCUUUCUAAUAUUAAGUUUUAUCUAGAUGUCUACAAGUUCGAUGGGUUCCGUUUCGAUGGUGUCACUUCAAUGCUUUAUCUUCAUCAUGGUAUUGGUGCAGGAGGUGCCUUUAGUGGCGAUUAUAAUGAAUAUCUUGGCUCAAAAUCGUGUAUUGAUACCGAAGCAUUGACCUAUCUUAUGCUCGCUAAUGAACUCAUUCAUUCUGCCGGUAAGGCCGAAGAUCGUAACUUUGUUAGCAUUGCUGAAGAUGUUUCAGGUUACCCAACUCUUUGUCUUCCUGCAGCUGAUGGUGGGGUCGAUUUUGAUUACCGAUUAAGCAUGGCCAUCCCGGAUAUGUGGAUAAAAAUGUUGAAGGAACAAAAAGAUGAUGAUUGGGAUAUGGGUAAAAUUACCCAUACCUUAACCAAUCGGCGUUACAAGGAAAAAUGCAUCGCUUAUUGUGAAUCUCAUGAUCAGGCUCUCGUGGGCGACAAGACUCUUGCCUUCUGGCUUAUGGAUGCCGAAAUGUACACAAAUAUGUCAGUGUUAUCCCCACUUACUCCAGUAAUUGAUCGUGGUUUGGCAUUACACAAGAUGAUCCGCCUUAUUACUCAUGCUUUAGGGGGAGAAGCCUACUUGAACUUUGAAGGAAACGAAUUCGGUCAUCCUGAAUGGCUUGAUUUUCCACGAGUGGGUAACGGAGAGUCUUUCAAAUAUGCUCGUCGCCAAUUCAACCUUAUUAAAGAUGAUUUAUUAAGGUAUAAAUACUUGUGGAGAUUUGAUGCAGCAAUGCAAAAACUUGAGGAAAAAUUCAAGUGGUUGGCCAGUGAUUCCUGGACUUAUGUAUCUUUGAAGCAUGAGGGAGACAAAGUAAUUGUAUUUGAGCGUAACGGCUUGCUCUUCAUCUUUAAUUUCCAUCCAGCUGAAUCGUACGCAGAUUACCGUGUUGGAGUAGAAGCUUCGGGUACUUAUAAGAUUAUAUUAAACAGUGAUAGGGCCGAGGAAUUUGGUGGACAUGACAGAAUUGAUGAAGAGAAGUCCAAGUUCUUCACUACUGAUUUGCCAUGGAAUGAACGAAAGAAUCAUAUUCAAGUUUAUAUUCCCAGCAGAACAGUUCUUGUUUUGGCAUUAGAAAAUGAUCCGAGAUUGUAA